AUGCUGUUCCGAUUGGGCACCUUUGUCGCGGCUCUGAGUCUGCAGACUACAUUCGCAGCACCGACAAUGGAGAAUCACGUGGAGGACAUACAAUGUCGCUGCCUAGCAUUUCGCACAAAUGAGAGACCUACCCUCUGCAACCUUUUCGAGCCCAGAGACUUUGGCUGGCGAUCCGCGCAAACGCUUGCUUCGCAGUACGAUAUCAAAGUUCAAUUCGCUAGUGAGAGCACACUCUCGAGAGUGCUCUCGGCUACCACUCCGCUUCCAAGCGAUGUGCUGCAGACGACUAGCUAUGGUGAUGCCCAGUCAGAAUCGAAGGAGGGCAACAUCAGCCAAAACAAGAUUGUCUGCGGCUUUGGGAAAGAAGUCAGGCACAUGACGCAGCAUUACAGACACCAUGAACCUGAGAGCCACUUUGUUGGAAGAGUACUCGGAUGGUUGAUGCUGUUCAUCGCUCUGUACGUGGCAGGCGAGUACAUAUGGACAAGGUACUCAAGCCGAGAUCGGACUAUCAAGCUCAAUGGAGAGGAGAAGCCCUUGAAAGCAAGCUCCAAUAGCAACAACGACUCCUCAUAG